AUGUUACAUAAUCGAAUAUUACCAAUUUAUAUUCAAAAAAUUAUUGUUAAAUUUUUAUGUAGACACAUAGAUUAUAAUAAUAAAAUUAUAGAUGUAUUUCAAAUUUCAUCAAAAUUUAAUCAAAAAGAUAAUCAAUUAAAAAAUGAUAAAUUAAUAAUGUCAAUAGCAUUGGUUUGCCAUGAAUGGUUUAAAACAUUAUCAAAUAAUCUAACGGUAUCAGUUGACCUAAAUUUUAAAGAAAGGGGUAAUAAUAAAUGGUCAAUUAUAAAAAGAGAUAAUAUUAAAACUUUACAUUUACAUUACGAUUCAAUAAAUUCAACUUUUUUUAAAAAAAUGAUUUAUAGUGGUGAGAGUAGUAGUAGUAGUACUAGUACUAAUAGUAGUAAUAAUAAAAGUAAUAAGAAUAAUAAUAAUAAAAAUAAUAAUAAAAAUAAUAAUAAAAAUAAUAAAAAUAAUAAUAAAAAUAUAAUAUCAUCAUCACCAAUAAAGAAACCAAUUUUAAUUGGAAUAAAAAAUUUAAAUGAAAAAUUAAUGAAAUUAUCAAAUGAACAACAAUUAUUUAAAAAAUUAAUAAUUAAUACAAUUGAUGAAAUUAGUUUUCAAGAAGAAGAUUAUAAAAUGAUUAAAUCAUUACAUCAAUGUAAAGCAAUUAAAAAUAUUCAUUUAUUUAAAUAUCAAGUAAAUAAUAGAACUACAAUGAAAUCAUUACAAGAUAUAAAUAAAAGAAUUAAAAAACUUUUUACAUUAGAAAUUGUUAAUCAAUUUGAUAAAAGAAUAAUAAUUGAAUCAAUUAAAUAUUGGUAUAAUUCAAUUAAAAAAUUAACAAUUGAAUAUGAUAAUAUUACUAGACAUCAACAUAUAUCCAAUACUUUUAAUUUUAAUUUAGAGAAUUCAUUUAAAACUAAUUCUGAAUUAUAUGAAUUUUUAUUUUCAACAAAUACUAUCACUGAAAAAGAACAAGAAAAAGAAAUAAAUUAUUUAUCAAAUUUAGAAUCAUUAACUUUUAUUGGUACUGAAUUUACUAUUCAAGAUUUAGUUGAAUUACUAUUCUCAAAUCAAAUAAAAUCAAUACCAAAAUUGAAAUACCUUUCAAUUGGUUUAUGUUUUGUAAAUUUAAUUUAUUUUUUAACAAAUGAAAAUGAAAGAGGUAAUAUUUCAAGAUGUUCUUGUAGUAGUAUUAUAAAAUUUUAUAGUAAUGGUUAUAAUAAUAAUAAUAAUAAUAAUAAUUCAAUUACAAAAGAACAAUUAGAAGAACAAAGUAAAGAAUUUAAUUUUCAAUGGUUGCAACUAUUAGAAUUAUUAAAUAAUAAUCAAGUAUUAAUUGGAUUAGAAUUAACUCAUAAUUGUAUUAUUAAUAAAUUAUUAUCAAAUAAUGAACCUGAUAAAUCAUUUAUUAUUAAUUUUAGUUCAGCAAUAACAUCAAUUAAAAAUUUACAAAAGUUUUCAUUGGUUGGAAUUGAAUCAUUAUCAAUUUUUAAUGAAAUAAUUAAAGAAAAUAAAUCAAUAUCUUUAUUUAAUUUAACAACUUUUUCAUCACCACAACAAAGAUUAGAAUCUCUUGUGAAAGAAAUUCAAAAAUUAAUUGAUUUAAAUCCUCAUAUUAAUGAAUUCAAAUUAUUAAACGGUAAAAUCAUUCCAACAUUGGAUCAAGAAUAUCUUUUUACUACAGAAUUUAAUUUUUUUAAAAAAAAAAACAAUAUAAAGAUAUAA